UACUUGCCACGUGCUUUCGUGUUGUUUCAAGGAACUUAAAUUUUACUUCAAAUGGCUGAAAGAAACGCUAAACGUAUUAAGUUGGAGGCGGAACCAGCAGAACAUCCGCCUACUGCAACUACUAAACCCAGCAUCCACCAAAUGCGACGCGCGGAUCUAAUCCAGGAAGUCAUAGAAGAACGCAAAAAGAAUGAGCUCUUAGCCGUGAGCAAGGGCGUGCUAGAGGAGAACUUUAAACGGGAUCUGGACGUGAUCCGCAAGGAGAAUCAGGAGUUGACCGCCGAGAGGUAUUCUUUGCUGGAGCAGAUUCAGCAGGAGAUGUCGAAGAGCGACGCACUGCGCCAAAAGUUGCUCGAGCCCGGCCAGACGUAUGAGCUUGUCGUAACUAACCAAAAGCUAACCACGGAGAGGGAUUCCUUGCUGCAGCAGGUGCAGCAGGAGAUGUCGAAGGGCGAGGCACUGCUCCAACAACUACAUGAGUACGAACAGUCGCAGCACUCCAUCCUAGACUGCGUCAUGCAACAAAAUACUGCUCAGAUCCAGGAGAUGUCUCUGCAGAUCGAGGAGAUAUCCCUUCAGAGUCAAGGUUUUCAGGACGAGAUGCAGGAUUUAAACAGACAGCUUGAAAAGAUCGUCGAAGAGAAUACAUGCGCCAUCUGCCUGUCGCCGUGGGACGCCGAGGGAGACCAUCGCCUUGUCUCGCUACCUUGUGGCCAUAUCUUUGGGAAAAAUUGCCUCUGGGAUCAGUUGGGGCGUAACCCACAGUGCCCCUACUGCAAGCAGGAGGUUCGGUCCGGGGACACGCGAUACCACUAUGCGUGUCGAAUUUUGCCAGUGCGACGCCAACAGGCGCAAACGUCUCAAGCAGUACAGGAUGCUCCAGCAGCACGACAGGUAGCACAGCCAGUUCCGCAUCAUGUAGGGUCGGCUCCACGUCCAGUUCAGCCAGCUCCGGCAGUACAGGCUCCACGUGGGGUACAGCCGGCUCCACGUAUGGUGCAGCCGGAUCCACGUCCAGUUCAGCCAGCUCCGGCAGUACAGCCGGCUCCACGACCAUUUCAGCCAGCUCCGGCAGUACAGCCGGCUCCACGUCCAGUUCAGCCAGCUCCGGCAGUACAGGCUCCACGUGGGGUACAACCGGCUCGACGUAUGGUACAGCCGGAUCCACGUGUGGUACAGCCGGAUCCACGUGUGGUGCACCCGGAUCCACGUCCAGUUCAGCCAGGUCCACGUGUGGUGCACCCGGAUCCACGUCCAGUUCAGCCAGCUCCGGCAGUACAGCCGGCUCGACGUCCAGUUCAGCCAGCUCCGGCAGUACAGGCUCCACGUGGGGUACAGCCGGCUGGACGUAUGGUACCAGCUCGUUCGUGGACAGGCUUACCCAAUACCAUGCUAUAGAGGUCAACAGGAUUGCCCCUUUCACGGGCAUCACUAGCUCCAGCCGCACAGCCGGCUUUAAAGUACA